AAUUUUUUAUUUGUCUGACAUAUUUUGGCAAUAAAUGAUUCCUGAUUCCUGAUAUCCUUCUAAUAAUCACUGUUUCGCAAUAGUUGCGGAAACUGCAAAAAACAUUUUUGGACACAUUUGCCAAAAAUUGUCAUCACAUAACUGAAACCUUCCUUCAUGCUUGCCCCCCCCUGGCGGACUCCCCCUUUGUGCUCGUGUGCUCGUAGCUUGUUCCGGCAUCGGAGUGGGAUGUAGAGUUCUAUGAGCAUCUUGCACAAAGCUGCUCCUCACGCUGCAGCCGGGAGCCGUUUGGAUGGAGAGUUUUUUCAUUGAUGUCAAUUAGAACGUUUACUGGACGUUUUGGGGAUUUUCUUUCUAUUGUUGUGAGCAGGAUGGGAUUCAACCUGUGUGUGUGUGUGCUGCUCUGUGCAGCAGCUCUGACCCUCUCUGCAGCUCCAGGUAAAGAUGAGGACAGCCAGGUGCACAGGUGGACCAGGCAGCGCCUCCCGGUGCUGCUGGACGCGCACACAGAGCCUCUGGGGUCGCCCCGGUUCAGCCGGCAGGAGGAGGAGGAGGAGGAGGAGGAGGAGGAGGAGGAGGAGAGAGGCUGGCCAGAGACACUCUGCGGAAUAGAGUGUCAAAGCAGCCUGCCGCCUCUGGACCGGAGUGAGCAAGAGAGGAUCCUGGGAUACGAGACGAUGCACGCCGACGGCGCGCGCACUCACACAGAUGUCAUUUUGCAGGGCUUCAACGAGACCUCCGCGGGGCCGCCGGCCCGUCCACCGGCUCGCGUCCGCAGGAGACGACAGGUCUUUGGGGCGGAUGGGCGAUUUGUCAUCUCCGAUUGGCGUUUCAUCACAAACUACCCGUUCUCUACCGCUGUGCGCCUCUCCACAGGCUGCUCUGGAGUCCUAAUAUCCCCCAAACACGUACUGACAGCGGCACACUGCGUCCACAACGGGAGGGACUACCUGGAGAGGACCGGCAGGCUCAGAGUAGGGGUGAUGCAGCUGAAGACUGCGCGGAUGAAGGGUGGGAGGAGAGGAGGGAGGCGGAAGGGCGGGAGGAAAGAAGCAGGGCGGGGAGCUGAGGAGCACAUCACGGAGGAAAGGGUGGAGCAGAACAGUCUGGAUGGAAAUGUAGCGAUGGGGAGAAGAUGGGGAGGCAAAGGCAGGAGGCGCGGGGGAGGAAACCAGGGGGGGGAGGAUGAAGCCGAUCAUGGGAGUGUGGGAGGCCUCGGGGGAGGAGGAGCCGCAGGGAAACCGAAAAGCGCCCCCCGUGUACCACGUAGUGCUGAGCCCGGGAAGCGGCCCGCCUUCCGCUGGGCGCGAGUCGGGCGGACCAGAAUCCCUCAGGGAUGGAUCCGCAGCAGCCGCUCCACGCACUCGGUGGCCGCCGACUACGAUUACGCUCUUCUGGAGCUGAAACGGCCCCUCAAGCAAAAGCACAUGGAGCUCGGAGUGGCCCCCUCGGAGGCCCCCCCGGCACGGGUCCACUUCUCGGGCUACGACGCCGACAAAAGCCCGCCGGACGGCAGCGGGGACGAGAAGGUGGUUUACCGGUUUUGUCCGGUGUCCAAGCAGUCGGAGCAUUUGAUGUACCAGCGCUGUGACGCUCAGCAGGGGGCGGCAGGUGCAGGUGUUUACCUUCGUCUGAGGCAGGAAGUGGGAAACGGCGGCGGGAAAGGGAAGUGGCAGCGCAGGGUGGUUGGGGUGUUUUCAGGCCACCGCUGGGUGGAGGUGGACGGAGGUGGACGGAGGGAUUUCAAUGUCGCAGUGAGGAUCACGGCAGCCAAAUAUGCGCAGAUCUGUCACUGGAUCCAUGGAGAUCCAGAUCUCUGUAAGGAGGUUUGACUGCUCUUCGGGGGCCCGUCCGGGCUUCUGUGUUUUUAACUAAAGAGUCUCACGCGCAGUUCUCAACUUUUACAUAUUGGUUGAAUGUUCUAUGGUAUAAAAUAGGACUUAAAGCUUAAUGGAGAGAAGCAAGCUUCAUGCAAAGUGUCCUGAGUGCCGACUGCGGUCGGGUCAGUUGUCAAUACAGAAUGCUCUUAAACAGCUGAUAGCACUCAUCCAGAGGGAUUUAGCGAGAUACUGUGGCGCUCCCAUACAAAGUUUGUUUGUAUAAGAACAUUUAUGUUUGUUUUUCACAUAUUUUAAGAGUGUGGACGUAUGGACUUUAUUUCAUUUACAAAAUAAAAUGUCCCCAAGAUUGACAGUGUUUAGCCACUGCCUCCGGCAAGUCACACCUAACUAUUGUUUUAACACACAAGUGCUUAUUCUUAACUGUAACAAGAGCAAAACACAGUUAAUUAAACUGAAAUGUGAUUUUCCACAAUUAUUGCUCGAUUGCAAAAGCGUAAAACAAACUGGUCUUCAUUGAACUUCAUGUUAAAGAAAUACUAAGUCUACUCUACACAACAUACGUAUUGGGAUGUUUAUACUCUGUUGUAUUAUUAUCGUAUCUGAUAAUGAACAGAAAUGAUUAUGUCACCAACCCAUUUUAUUCUAAAUGAACGAUGUACAGUGAAAACCAAUAAAAAUGUUGAAUUUUCAAACAAAUCAACAAAAUCAGAACAGAGAUAAGUGAUGAAACGUGAGGGUAGUUUGGAUCAGUGUAUUUGUCUUUUAUUGCAUCUCAAUUGGACUCACAUGCAGGUGGGGACGAGGGAGAAAGAACAAUGGCGUCCGUAAUAACCUCCAAAAUAAACAACACAGCCUUCAUUUGAAUACUUAGCAAACAAUAUUUAUCCACGUUCUUUUUGUUUUCACUUUUCACACUUUGUCAAUGCCACAAAGGAUUAAGAUACAGUCACUUUUGGAAAUAAA